UCAAAGCUAUUCGGUUCCUUUGAGUGAAUUGGGUCUAGUUUCCUCUGUAAGCUCUCAGCUCUUCUCUAGUGCAGACCCAGGUGAACUGGAGAGGUCAACCGUGCAGUGACCUGCUGCUUCCCCACCAUGGGUCAGGAUUAACCCUCCAGGAGGCCGAGUUGUCAGGACACUAUUGACCUGCUGACCUCCCCCCAGUCCACCGGAAACAAAGCAGUGCACUAUACGGAAACAGUCAAUCGACAAGUUAAUUAAGGCAACAACUUCAGUAAGAUUAAAAUAUCCAAGUGAAAAUAGUUGUUGGUUGCACUUCAGGUAUGAUGGAAAAAUGAUAUUCUUUGACACAUGAAACAGAACUUUGGUUAUAAUACAGUUUCUCUUUCUUUUCUUUUUUAUUCAGACUUCAUCUUUAGACAUUAGACUGAGGCCUUUUUGAUCUGUUCCCUGUCAGUCCACAUCAUCACACUGGAGUUUGGGGGUUGACUUUCCUUCUCUUCAGAAUUUACAACAGCAGAUCAGAUUUCUCCCUGCUGCCUUCGGCCCAUUAUAAAACGUACUGAUUAGUCUUAUGGGCCAAAGUGCAUAGUUCAUACUGAAGAGGUCUGUGCUGCUGCCUGUUAAAUGUGUAUUAGAAUGACAGGGUGCAUACAUUAUAUUGUCCAAUAACCUAUUUCAAUUUGGUGAUUUGAUGCCUCAUAGCGUAAUGGCCACUUAAAUUAAGAUUUGAUGGUUCAGCAUCCUCAUGGAGGUCACGGUCGAAACAGAUGGAAAUAAAAUUAAGUGUUAAUUGUAAAGUGUUAAUAGUUAAUGAACAAUUGUAAGAAGUUAUAUCUUCUUAUUUUAGUUUUGUCUUGUUUUGCCUUUGUCCAUACUUGUUUUGUAAAUAACUUUGUAAGAUGGUUUCACUCAGUGCUGUGAUUGUGCUUAUAUUAUUUUAAAGUGGUGUCUUUACACUCACAACAGACCAAAUCUGUAAUAGUUGAGCUCGAACACAAGUAGCUUUAAUAAGAUAAUUUAUGUGCCCAGUGGCAGUCUAACAUGGAAGCCGUGUUUUCCAUAGUUCUCCUUCAUGAAUACUAAUGCUACAUUUAGGCGCUUUGUUUGUAUAGAAAUUAACUCAGAACGGGAUCCCCACAGUCUCCGGGGUAACGGGUCUCGGGCUCAGGCAUCCCGUGAGUUAACUUCCUGCUCUCGAUGUGCUAAAUCACCCGGCGGAGGAACCAGCAGCCGUCUGCCUCGGACUGUGCGUAAUAUAAUAAGGAAUGCCGACUAUGUUGAGAUUACGCACGGAUAUGAAUCCAUAAGCGCUGUUUUUCUGAGCAGAUUUCUAUGUCAGAUUUCUGUUUUUAUUCAAGGAGAAUUAAACUCCAAGUAAAUUGGUCUUACUAGUAAAAGUCUGCUGGUUCUGAAGUGGCUGCUGCUCCUGGUGAAACCAAAUAGCUGAUUCCCGCACAGACAACUCCAGCGACGUCACGCAGUUUGGAGAGGGGGCGUCAGUGUCAGUGCGCCUGCAGGAGCUCAUAUACCCUGUGCCAUGUUUACCGCGAGCACUGAGUUUGAGACCGGACUUGCACGAGGAGCGCGUGAGGACUCGUCCGUGGAGCAGGAGAUAAAAGCCAUGACGAGGAGCCGCGGAGCUCUGGGCUCCGACCCUUCUCUCUGAUGUAGUUACGUUUUUCUUUUUAAAGGAAGAUGAGAGCCUUUGUGUUGAGGCUGAUGAGCUCAGGAGGAUUUCUAAAGGGAUCAAUCACAGGUUACACAGAAGAGAUGUCCACAACUGCAAGUCCGACCAUCCCCUCCUCACAGCUGACGUCUGAUCAACUCACUGUGGUCGCUGCGUCCUUCUCUUCUCUGGUGUUCUUCGUGGUUAUUGCCGGGCUGCUGUCCAUUAUUUAUCGCAAGGAUCCCCAGUGCUGCAAACUCCGCUCCUAUCAGCGGCCUCAUGCAGAUAUGGACGCUCCUCCUCAGUACUACAGCAGCAGACAGACUCUGGUGGGAUCUUCUUGUCUGGAGCAUCAGAUCAUGGAUGAUGACAACACUCAGCAGACAGGUCAGCUGUUCUUCGUCGGCCUGCCCUCCAGCUACAGCCUGCCGACGCUGGACGCCCCCCUGCCGAGGCUCCCCUCCUACGAGAGUGUUCGAAAGAAGGACCGCCAGAGGCAGAUCCACAUGAUGAUCGCAGACCGCUUCGGCCUCAAUGGACCCCUUGUGUCUGAGCCUCCUCCCACAUAUGAAGAGAGUAUCCGCCAGUCCAUGGAGCUGCCGUACAACAUCCUCUCACCUGCUGUGGACAUCUCUCCACCUCGGAGUCUAGUCUACACCAACCCAGGUGCUGACAUUCAGAGCGGCGCACCUCAUCCUGUCUACUCGGACGCCAGCACCACCGUUCUACAUGUCUGAUCCUCAUCAACUUCUCAAGCUGCCCGCUGAAUGUGAAAAGAACUCUGUAGCUUUACAGGCCUGACCAUGCUGAGUCAAAUUCCUCAAGACUGAGGGGGAACCAAAGAGGAGCUGCACAGCCUGCACGAGAGGACACAUCUGGCUGGAGCACACGGAUGUUAAAAACACAGUAAAGGGAGAAACUGAAAUAUGAACAUUUUCUCAGGUGGCUGGUUCAUCCGGAUGAGGAUUUGUGGACGACAGGGACUAAAAAUACUUCAAAAAGGGACCCACUGUGUACUUUUCUGAAUUUACUCUGCCAGUGAAUUUGUUGUUUGCGGUUGCAAUACUAAUUUUACUACUGUCCCUCAGCCUCAGAGCUCAUCGUCUGUUUUUUUGAGGUUAUCCAAUGCCUAUUUUUAAUGACAGCGGCUGGACCAUACUGCUCCAGGAUAUAUGGUUCAGAGAGUGCCUUUCAUGAAGUUAUUAUAAGACAUUAUUUGUUAUCAUUACCUCAGUUUUACUUUUCUUUGCUGAAGCACAUUGGACUCUAUGAAUUCUGCCUUUCUUAUAAAACAUUUUGUAAAAUUAACAUUUGAUAUGAUUUGAUGUCAGGACAGAGAGCGGAUUUGUUUGUUCUCUUAUCCAAAAAAACUUUCAAGUCCUCAGCAGCAGUGAAUGUGAAAUGAAAACAGUGGAGGAAUACAGAGUUCCUUGUUGAGAUUUGUUUUGAUUGCUGUUAUUUUCUGCGACUUUCAAUGUAAACAUGAUGCAAAAUGUUCGUCCUGCGUGUUGACCUGUACUGUAUUUAUUAAAAAACAAGUGACUCAUCA